GUACUAAUAUCAUAGUAGACCAUGGUUCUACAACUUCUCGAUUCGUAUCUUAAUUCGUCAAGGAAAAACAACUUGCUCUGGUUCAUGAUGCAAAGUUAGUUUCACGACAUGAGAGGCAAAAUUCAAAGGCGUUAUCGGAGAAAACAGGAACAUGUAUGCACUAGUUUAAAUUUACAACCGUCGUUAUCUGUUUUAUUUGCGCAUUGUUUAGCAAUAACGAAUAAAACUGUAUGUAACACUUCACGUAGGAGAAAACUAGACGAUUCAGUAACACUCAUAACAGAAAAAAAGAAAAUUGAGCAUUAUUUUCGCAUGACGGGCGGAGAAGCAGACAUUUGGGCGCAUUUUCUCAUUGUUUUUCGUUUAUUUUCUAACGUAAUGUUACCUUUAUUUCUCUCUUGUUUUCCUUUAUUUCCCCUUCAUUGGUUGUUUGGCUUUCUAUAGGAAAGAAACAGUUUUCAUAACAUUGUAUGCUGCUAAAUAGCAUUUUAUAUUCAGUUGUUCUUUACUCAGAGAAUAACAAUGGAAAACCACCCGUUAUUUUAUUUAGCUUAAAAAUAGGAGCAUUGCAUAUUGAACAAUAGGGUGAAUAUAUAUCUAUUGCUUACCUUGGGUUCUGACUCACGUUUGAAUUUUCGCUGUAAUGACUACGUUUGCAACGCGUUUGUGUGGUUAUUCUGUAGUUGGUGAUACUUACAAGACCGCACUAGAUGUUUACAAUUGGGUCAAGAAAAAGGAGUCUGUAGGCCCAAUUAUACAAACAGCUGAAGAUAAAGCUAUAUCUGUGAUCAAACCAAUUGUUGAAAGCGGUAAGGUUGUAUUUAUAGUAGAUUACAUAUAAAAACAGACCGGUUCAUACUUUGCUUUAAAUCCCUUACUAUAUAACAUGUAAUAGACGUUUCAGAGUUAAAAAUUAUUUGUCACUCGAUGAUAAUAUACGCGUUGUGUUUUGCCUAUAUGCCCUGAAUAGUGUUUUCUGAAAAGAGGUUUUUUAGGGUAUACUUCUGGUGUAAGGAAUUGUCCAAAAGAUCGAUGAUAUGGCUUGUCAACAUGUUCUGGAUCGUGCUGAAGCAGCGUGCGCACAGAUUAAGAACACUUCAAAUGAAUGUAUAAUUCUACCCACUGCAAGCCGUGCCCUGAAUAUUGCCGAGGCUUGUGCUAAUCUGUAUCUUCCGAAAGAUGAUGAUCCAAAGUUCUCUAUAGGAGGUGAUGCUACACCAACAGAACGACUCGUGCGUCUACAACAUAGAGCAUCAAUUCAUGCUGUUACAUUAAUUCAUUCAACAGUUGAUCGUGCUAAUUCACUUCUGUCUACGCUUGCGACUUACGGAAGUAACCUAAAUCAAACAGUUUCAAAGGCUACCAUUAGAAAUACUCUUUCACAAGCUAUUGCUUUGUAUGAAUUAGCUUACUCUACUGCUAAGGCUGUAAGCCUUCCUAUAGUUGCACGUUGUAUUACUGUUAUUCUCGAGAAUGUUCGAAAACUUGAGGAUCAAAUUAAAGAGUCAAAAGGAAUAAACUGGAUGGAUUUGAAAAGACUAGUGACGCUCCUUGAACACAUGAAAGAACGUUUGGAUGUACAAGAACCGGUUACAGAAAUCGAACUCGAACCGAUCACUGAGAAGCCAACAUUUUCUCUCAGUUCUUAUUUUACAAAUUUCUGGUGAUAAUGAUGAAUCCGAUACAAAUGUGAACGAUUCAUAAAUAAAUAAUUUUUGUUAUCAUUAUUAUUACUAUUUUCAAUAUUACAAUAGAAUAGAUUUGCUUUCAUGAACUCUGUUGAUAAUAAUUUGUGUUUUUUCCUCUGCAUAAUUUUGAUUGAUAUUAUUAUUCGCAUCUAUUGAUUUGACUUCUUUUAUAAUAAAAAUAUAAGUUUAUUGUUAAAAUAGUCAAUGCUUUUAACAGUGCCUUUGCCAUUUUGUAGUGUUUAGUUGUGUCUCUCAGUUCAGAUUGUUGCGUAGAUUACAUAUUUAGUUGCUAUAGACAGUAUAUUUGGAAGGGUCCUAUUUCAAAUAGACUUCUGACUGUUGUAUGAAUUCCCCAAAAAAAAUCUAUGUAAAACGUUUACAAAAUUCACGCUUUUUUGAAAGCUGGAGCCCACGUCAUCCAUUACUGCA